CGUUUCCGGAGGGAGGCUUUAGAGCGAGGGACCAAGAUGGCGGCGCCCAGCCCGGCCGCCGUUCCUGCUGCUCCCGCUUCGGAGCCCGAGGAAAGCCAAGGGAAAUCUCCUUCCAAGGGGACGCCGCAGAAGAUCCGGGAACUCAUCGACGGAGGCAUCGCCCCCGAGGAGGCCUCGCUGGAAGGGAAGGAUUUGUCUGCCUUAUAUGAAGUGUCAAAUGGAUCUCCCAAAACAGAAGAGCUGCCUUUUGAAGCCACCAGCAAAGAAGCCUACUUCAACAGAGUAGAAACCUUCACCUCCCUCAAGUGGGCAGGCAAACCCCACGAGCUCUCCCCGCUGAUCUGUGCCAAGUACGGAUGGACCAACGUCGAGUGCGACAUGCUCAAGUGCUCCAGCUGCCAGGCCUACCUCUGCGCCAGUUUGCAACUAGCCUUCGACUUCAGCAAAUACAAAGAGAGGUGUUUGGAGUUGAAGAAAGCUUUGACAACGGCACAUGAAAAGUUCUGCUUUUGGCCAGACAAUCCCUGCCCAGAUCGCUUUUCGGUCUUGCUGGUGGACGAGCCCCUUGCCCUCCGCAGCGACUUCCUGGAGCGUUUCCAAAGCUUGUGCCACCUGGAGCUUCAGCUGCCCUCCUUGAAGCCAGAAGAUCUCAAAAGCAUGUCUUUGACAGAAGAGAAGAUCAGCCACUUGCUGCAGCUGAUUGAAGAGGAAGCGGACUGCAAGACAGACGGGGAGAAAACGCCAUCGCGAAAGCCUUCGGACCUCCUCCAGAUCCACAUCACGGCUUGCGUCUUGGCCCUGUGCGGCUGGACUAGCAGCCCAUCUUCUGGGUCCGUCCAGCUCCCCUUGAUCUCCUGCUGCCGCUGCAUGAGGAAGGCAGGCCUAUGGAGCUUCCACCAAAUUGAAUCCGCCCCGUCGGAGACAGAAGCCUCCCCAAGCCUUGCUGCUCCAGAGGGGCGCUCCUCCGACAAGGCCAGCCCCACGGUGCCCACCUCUCCCCGGCGCAUGAUGACCCGAAGCCGUGACACGACUCUCCCGCCGGGAUCGGAGCAGCAGGAGAAGAGCCCUUCCCCCGUGAUCAGCCGCAUGCGCAGCUGGGACAGCACGAGCUCCGGCGAACGCGGGGACCCGGAGUCGGCCAGCCCCGUCCCCAGCCCUCGCAGCCGUCCCGUCACCCGCAGCAUGGGACAAGGAGACUCUGGCGGUCACGGGGCAGAAGUCCCUUCCAGCCCCCUCCGGAAGGCCAAGCGGCCCCGGCUCUGCUCCUCCAGCAGCACGGAUUCAUGCGCCCGGAGUGUGUUUGACCCCGUCUCCCAGCACCGCGACUGGUGCCCUUGGGUCAAUGUGGUGAAAGAGAGGCCGGAACUCGAAGCGGAGGCUGGGAACCAAGUUGAAGAAGGGAAGGCCGCCCUCGGAUGGCAAGCGGUGCUUAAGGCGAUCUUGGCGACCAAGCAGUCGGAGGGGCUGGCGGAUGCAGAUUCCGAGAAUCUCUCCGCGAAAUCCCGUAAGGUCUUCCGGAUUUUCCGCCAGUGGGAAGCCUCCUCCUCCUCCUCUUCUUGAAAACUGCUCUGCACGACGGUGGGUUCUUCUCUCUUUCUGUCGGCAAAAAGGGGAAGAUGGGCAGGAAAGGGAGCGGCCCACCCUUUGUUUGCAUGGGAGCCAAGACUGUUUGGAGAAACCUGCCAUCUUUGGGGACCAGAGCAAACCUAGAGGGCCAUGUCAACAACGUAAGAGAAGUUGAGGAAACGCCAGCUGUUGCCCACCACCUCCUCCUCCUCCUCUCCGUGCGGGUAUGCCUUGGUUACACAACUCUUACCGCUCAUUCCCUGUUGCCCUGGUGCAAAGGAUUCUGGGAACUCUAUGGCUGCCAAGUGCCUACUAUGAGUGUCCAAUUUCCUUGACACGGGCACAAACUACAGUUCCCAGCAUUCCUUGGAUCGGAGAACAGGGACAUGGAAAUGAAUUGGAAGCCAGUCUAAGGUGGGCUUGGUUCUUGUGUUGAGUUUUGUUGACCUGGUCCGUUGAAGCUGUGUUCAAAGCUGUUAAUAAAACGUUUUGUUUUCUGUUUGUA